AACCUUAGCAGGUCCGAAAGAAACAGAAUUAGGCGCCAAAUUCAACCGCGUAAAAAGAUUCAAAUCUUCUGCUUUAAGUCUUUUCUAACGCACGGGGUAGUUAAUUCUCACAAGUGGUAUGCUGUUUUCUCUCUCUAUUUAGGGUUCGCGCUCUCAUAUUUUGAUUUCACUCGAUUCAGUUGUGGGGUUUGGAGAACAUGCAUGCUUGCCAUUUCACUCUAUCUAAGCUUUUAAAUUUUGGAGCUUUAGCUGCACAAAGGUCAUCAAAUCUCCGGUUUUCAUACAAGUGUGCUUCCAGAAGAGUUCACAUGGAAAACAAUCACCACAGCGAUGCAAGAGGUGCUCUUAUCGUUCUAGAAGGUUUGGAUCGAAGUGGGAAGACCUCACAGUCCGGUAGGCUUGUCUCAUACUUAAAUGGUCUUGGGCAUCCAGUAGAAUCAUGGCGGUUUCCAGAUAGAGAUACUGCUGUCGGGAAAAUGAUUUCAGCGUAUCUUUCUAAUGAAUCUCAGCUGGAUGAUCACACAAUUCAUCUUCUUUUUAGUGCAAAUCGUUGGGAGAAAAGAUCAUUGAUGGAGGCUACGCUAAAAAGUGGUACUUCUUUGAUUGUUGAUCGAUAUUCUUAUUCAGGGGUUGCCUUUUCAUCUGCCAAAGGUUUAGAUAUUGAAUGGUGUAAGGCUCCAGAGGUGGGACUGCUGGCACCUGAUUUGGUGGUGUACCUUGACAUACCUCCAGAAAAAGCUGCUGAAAGAGGUGGUUAUGGAGGUGAGAGAUAUGAGAAGCUGGAGUUUCAGAAGAACGUUGCUCAGUAUUAUAAGAAACUUAGUGAUGCAUCAUGGAAGAUAAUAGAUGCAUGCCAACCUAUGGAAGAUGUUGAAAAACAGUUGAAAGAGAUCGUGUUGGAUUGUGUGAAGUCGUGCCAAAAUGGUAAAUCGGUUUCUCAGCUUUGGUUGUCUUAAUUUUAGAUGCUGUUAAGGGAAAUAUCAAAGUGGAAUUUGGAGAUGGUUUGAAUAAUUAUGUCAUUACAACUUUUACAAGCUACUUGGUUUGAGUUGUGUUUGUGUAUUGGUGUGUUUAGUAGAGAACCAUGCGAAUCUCAUAAUCAUUUAUGCGCAGUGCUGACUAAAUAUAUUGGAGAGUGAGAGAGAGAGAGAGUGAAUCAUGUGGUUACAUACUUAUAUUAUGUAUGAUGUUUAAAGCCGCAGGUAUGUGUGUACGUGGUUCUUUACUUGCUAUUGGCUCUAGUGUUGUUGGCCAUCUAUCUUGGUA